UUCUUUUAUUCGGCACAUUAGCGGCCGUACGUCCUCAUUUCUUUAUUUUUGAUUCGUACCUUGCAUGCCGCCAUCUUUUGUUUACUUAAACAAACUCAAUUUCAAACGUUAAAACUACUUAGCGUAACCCCAAUAAAAUGUGCGCAGUAAACCGGCCUAGCGUGCAUACACAUACCUGUCUGGAAAAGGUUCCAUAAUAAGAUGAUAGGGCAAGGUCAUAAACACAUUCUAUUAAAGAAAAAUUUGGUAUGAACCACAAGAAGAUUUUCAUGUUUUCACGUACUAUCCUUGGUCCCUGCCCAUCACAGGAACUGCUUGAACAUAAGUCAGUUGAUAGUUUGCUGAAACAGUUCAUCAUUAGCAGUGUGUUUCAAUGUUCUCCAUCCUUACCCAUUUCUGUUCAUUUUUUGUUUCAUUAGAACCCUUUUGUAUUUUUCUAUCAUAGCCAAACCGUAAUAUUUUUUGUCUCCUUCAGGUUGGAGAUGACUUUGCUUGCCGCAACUGGGGGAUGCCUCAGCCGAAAUAAAUGAUGACGUGACAUCCAAGCUUAAUCCAACUGAUCCUACAAGCUCCUAUUUAGCCUCUUUUUGCGGUCAAUACGUCAGGUAAACUGUAACAUAGCUACAGCAUUGUUGAUUGGAAACGAAAACGUUUUGCAUGAAGAAAAAUGGCCAUUAGGUGCAUUCCGUUUACGUAAACGGAAGAGCAGUUGUGGACACACCGCUACCUGUAGUCACAAUCCCGCUCUUGACGUAAAGAGAUCCAAUUUAUGUUUGGUAUUAAAAGUGACUCUUUGGAUAAGCCGUUGAUAGAGGGUUACAAAGUGCCACUUCCGCGACAACUAGCAACCAACAUAUCCAAUGACAUGGAUUACGAUCUCCUGAUCACUGGUGACCCUAUGAGGUAUGUUUGCUUAGAUUAAGCGUUUGAGAGAAGAUCCUAAUCGCGGUUUGCUCGAUGGCAAGGCUGCCAGCAAUGCCACAUAGUAUUAGGGUAAGCACAAAAUAUCAAGAUUUGUUAACUGGAUUAUUUUUUCUUUAAGCAAAAGCCGGCUAACUUAUUGGAUAAUAACAUCAUCGAGUCGCAGCCAAUACGACUCCGCUUUGACGUAUGACAUUGUGGCUAAUAACUUAAAAAUGCUUUCUCGGUGAUAGUGAUCAACAAUCCGGCAGACGGACCGCUGUCUUGGUUUUAAAAGAAAACAGAUCUAUCUUUUAGAACAAGUUAAAUUCUUUAAGACAGCAUCAUGGAUAGUGAAGUUCCAGAAGAAGAAACCCCAAGAGCAACAACUUCAAAGAAGAAGACAAAAAGACGAGGGCGGCGCCUGACUGGUUUAAGCAAACAGCGAAGAAUAGCGAAUACGCGCGAGAGAAACCGAGUCCAUGUCAUAAACGAGGGCAUAGAUCGCUUGCGAGAUCUCAUUCCUCUCUUUCCGAACGAGAAAAAGCCUUCAAAAACCGAUACUAUUCGUUUAGCAGCGUUGUAUAUAUCGCAUUUGACAGAGCUCUUGGAAAUGGCGAAUACAGAACACGAAGAUAUGAUUGGUGGAGAAAGUUUGGACGAAGAUUUGUCAGUGACUUCACUUGAGUUUGACCCGUUCGGUGUAGAAUCAGAAGAAUUGACAGUUUUCUUCUGGAAAGAUGACGAAUUAAGUGGCAGCGAUGGUGGCGGUCUCUCGUCGGUUUUUUAACCAUAAUGAGUCUAAAAACAGUUCAGAACAGCAACUGAAGAGCAAUAAAACCGUUCUUUGGAGUAAAUGUACCUCAAGUGCAUGGAAUGCAACCUUCAUUUAUCCGUGAGAAACGUUGUUGUUGUUGUCAUGAAAACCACGUCACAUCUUAGCUUUUUUUUUGUCACUAAGAUUGUUGACUUGCUCUCCAAUGGGUGGCAUCAUUAGAUCUUUACUUCAGGAGGAAAGUCACCGUUAAUCAUAGUCAUAAACUUUGGGUAUUUUCACGUUAGCGUGCAAUGCGAUUAAGUUAUCGGAUCUGUGUAGUUUGAGCCUUUUUUUAAUCAAGCUAUUGAGUGUUUUAAUAAACGAUAACCAUCUUACUUAAACAAGUUAUCACAGAGGUACCCUCUGGCAUGGGAAUAAGAGAGUUAAGUAAACAGUGUAAAGUAAAUUCACCUUUCUUAAUUUAGCAAAUAUUACCUGUUUCACGAUAAACUCGAGUCGUAAAAACACCGAACUGUACUUGCCUCUCAUCGGGCGCAUGGUGGAAAUUAAAGCAGUCACGCUGUUUCAAGAUUUGCAUCACUUCCGUGCAGUUGAAAAAUGGACAGGUAUCGUCCGCGGAGCAAGUAAUGAAGUGAUCAUCCUUGCGGAGACUUGUGAGCGUCUCUUUUUUCGCGGUCAAUUGCUGUAUUUAAAGCAAUUUUGGUAGAUUUGUUGUCCAACUAUUAGCUUAUUUAAUAAAGUCUGAAUGCUUAGCGCAAACAAGACGGCUAUUGCAACAGUUUGUUAUUACUUUAUAGAAGAUUAUAAGCCUAUUUCGUUCAGACUAUUUGUAAAGAUUUUAGUGAGAAAUAACAAUUAUCCAUAAAACUAGAUGACGAGAUUCUUAAUGUAACUUGAAAACAUCACCUGACGUAGAAGGUUUGGGGAACCUUUUUCUUUUUUCUAUUUUUUUCAGUAAACUUAAGCUGACAAACAAAUAAAGCAGAGUUUCAGGUC